AGGAGGCAGAGAGUUCUGGAAGAGAGGCCCCCUUCCCUGCUUAGACAGGUAAGCAGGGAGGGGGGCCAUAUAUCGUUAGGUGAGGGAACAGGCUGCCUGCCAGUUAGGAAAGAAGGGUGAGAGAGAAACAUCAGUGUCAUGGGGUGGGGGGACAAGGAUAGAAUGUGUAAGGGGACAUUGAGAUGAGGGGGAGACAUGGAGAGGAGAGGGUGACAUGGAGAGGAGAGGACGAGACAUGAAGAGGAGAGGGGGAGACAUGGAGAGGAGGGAGAGACAUGGAGAGGAGAGGGGGAGACAUGGAGAGGAGAUGGGGAGACAUGAAGAGGAGAUGGGGAGACAUGAAGAGGAGAGGGAGACAUGGGGAGGAGAGGGGGAGACAUUGAGAGGAAAGGGGGAGACAUGAAGAGGAAGGGGAGACAUGAAGAGGAGGGGGAGACAUUGAGAGCAGAGGGGGACAUGGAGAGGAGGAGACAUUGAGAGAAGGGUAGACAUGGAGAGGAGAGGGUGACAUGAAGAGGAGGGGGAGACAUGUAGUAGAUAGCGGGAGACAUGGAGUAGAGAGGGGGGAACAUGGAGAGGGGGAGACAUGGAGUAGAGAGGGGGAGACGAAGUAGAGAGGAGGAGACAUGGAGAGGAGAGGGGGAGACAUGGAGAGGAGAGGAGAAGACAUUGAGAGAAGGGGAGACAUGGAGAGGAGAGGGUGACAUGAAGAGGAGGGGGAGACAUGUAGUAGAGAGCGGGAGACAUGGAGUAGAGAGGGGGAGACAUAGAGUAGAGAGGGGGAAACAUGGAGAGGAGAGGGGGAAACAUGGAGUAGAGGGGGGAGACAUGGAGUAGAGAGGGGAGACAUGAAGUAGAGAGGAGGAGACAUGGAGAGGAGAGGGGGAGACAUGGAGUAAAGAGGGGGAGACAUGGAGUAGAGAGGGGGAGACAUAGAGAGGAGAGGGGGAGACAUGGAGAGGAGAGGGGGCCAUAGAUCGAAUUGGUAAGUGGACAUGAAGGGGAGGGGGACAUGGAUGGAAUUGGAAAAGGGACAUGUAGGGGAAGACAUGGUUAGAAGGGGGGGAGACAUAGCUGGUAGGGUUAUAUGGAGCGGGGACAUGAAGGGGAGAGACAUGGAUGGAAGAGGUAGCAGGACAUAUAGGGGAGGGGGAUGGAGACAUGGAUGAAAGGGGUAAGAGGACAUGGAGGAGAGGGAGAGAGAGACAUGGGUGAAAGGGGGAAUGUCACCCUCCCAUGUACACUGUCACCAUCCCACACACUGAAGGCAGAAAGGCUACUGGCAGAGCGAUGGCGCAGAGAGGCUGGUGGCAGAGAGAUGGCACAGAGAGGCUAGAGGCAGAGAGUGGCUAAUGGCAGAGAGAUGGCACAGAGAGGCUAGUGGCAGAGAGAUGGCACAGAGAGGCAAGUGGCAGAGAGAUGGCACACACAGGCUAAGAUCAGAAUGGCAUUGGCAGGCUGUUUGGUUGCACAUGUGGCUCAUUGGCUUGAUAUACAAACUUUAUGUAUUUAUUGCUUCAUUGGCACAAUAUGCCAAGUGUAUGCAUUUACUUUCCAUUGGCGUCAUAUAUCAAGUUAAUGUAUUUAUUGCUCAUUGCAUGGUAUACAUAUUUUUGUAAACUAUUCUCAUUGGCAAGAUAUACAAAGUUUAUGCAUUUUAUGCAUUAAUAUCAUUCCCUUUGCCCCCCAGGAUAUAUAUGUGUGACUGUGUUGAUGUGCUUGUGUGUGCGUGCAUAACGGGGCGGGGGGUGGUGUCUUGGACCCAGGCAGCACAAUGUCUUGGGCCAGUCCUGUGGAGUUGGAAUCAUAUGAAAAGUCAGAACGGGUUACUAACAUUUUUGAAUCCCACUACUGGACAGUUCCCUUUUGUCCUUUAGCCCGGAGUGUAUAAUGAUUAUUAUUUUAUUAUUUAUAUAGCGCCAGCAAAUUCUGUAGCACCGACGAGCUUGAGCUGUGCUUUGGGGACAGCGUCCCCAAAAGCGGGACGGGACCAGAAAAUCAGGACUGGACCAUCGUAAUGGAUAGGAGGUACAGAAUAGUCACAUUGCCAGAGACCUGCCCUCACACACUGGCACAGAGCUGCCACCCUGCCUAUGGAACUGGGAGACCUAGAUCUCAGUCUCUAUCAGAAUGAGAAACACGUUCUUAUAGGAAUCAGAAUGUGACAGAACAUCCUGCCAGUUCUCUAGCACCAGAUCUGCCUUUUCCCAAGAUGGCCGCCAUGGCCUCAGCCGUAAAGCAAGAGAUGUUUACCAGGGGGCAAACGAGCGUCACCGUUGCGUGCUGACGUCACGGACUAGGCUGAGCUAAUAAACAGGCCCCCUUUGCGGCAUUUCCAGCUCGGCUGCCGCCGCCCCUCCCCCCGCCCACAGCGAGGAAACCGCCAGCCCAGCUGUGAGUCUCUCCCUCCGCCAUUAAUAACAUUCUGUAAUAACAAUAGGCGCCAUUUGACACCCAGAUCUCGGUUUCUGUCAGUAAUGGCUCCGGGGUAGUGUGAGGCUGUUGAUAUAUCGGUUAUCAGGUGAUAUCGCUGUAGUUUUCAUUACGUCGGCGUGACGUCAGACGCAGAAGGCGUGUCCUCGCUGUAUGACCGCGCCUCCCAGUGACGUAAUGGGCGUGGCCUCUAGUGCCUUCUCUGGCUGGUUUCAGUUUCUCCUUAUAACGUCACUGUUGGAAUGUGUCGGCUUAAAGGUAUACACCCCCCCCACAUAAAUAUUGAACUACAACUCCCGUGAUGCUUUGCCACUGUUAAAGCUGCAGUGUCACACGUUCUUGAGAUUUCAUCAGUGAUGUUCGCGCCUGGUGCUAGGUGAAGGUGACCUUCCCGGCACCCAUGAGGGACAGGUUCAGAUAAGUGGGUUUUGGCGGGAUCCUCCACAGACCUCAAUGCUGCACUCUCACGCAUGCACGAGAAUUCAGCAGUGACGUCUGCCCCUGAUUUUUGAAGAGGACCCGUCAGGAGAAGAUGGCGGUGCCCAUGAUGGACAGAUUCAGGUAAAAAAAAAAUAACCUUUUGACACCCUCUUUCCCCCCAAAAUAUAUAUAUAUAUAUAUAUAUAUAUAUACACACACCCCCUGCAAAUUGUGCCAAGUUCCAGAUGGUGACCGUGUCACUUUGACUAUUAUGGAAGUGAGGGAGUUCGCAUCUAUUCUUUUUAUAAAAUAAUUUUAACCCCUUAAGGACACAUGACGUGUGUGACAGGUCAUGAUUCCCUUUUAUUCCAGAAGUUUGGUCCUUAAACGACCACUAUAGUGCCCUGAAGUUGCCCCCACCCUCAGGGUCCCCCUCCCGCUGGGCUGGAUGGCGAGGAAAGGGGUUAAACUUACCUUUUUUCCAGCGCCGGGCGGGGAGCUCUCCGCCUCCAAUCCUCCACUUCGGCUGAAUGCACAUGUGUGGCAGGAGCUGCGCACGCAUUCAGCCAGUCUCGUAGGAAAGCAUUUAUAAGGCUUUUCAGUGAGAAGCACGCAAGCGCCUCUAGCGGCUGUCAAUGAGACAGCCACUAGAGACUUUGGAGGCUGGAUUAACCCAUUUAUAAACAUAGCAGUUUCUCUGAAACUGCUAUGUUUAUAAAAAAAAAAAAAAGGUUAAUCCUAGAGGGACCUGGCACCCAGACCACUUCAUUAAGCUGAAGUGGUCUGGGUGCCUAGAGUGGUCCUUUAAGGGGUUAAGGAUAAAGAAGGGUCUUGAAAGAUACUUCGCACAGAACAAAUUUGUUGGCCUGCAUUCAUGGAUAAUGCCCAAAAAUAAAUAAAUAAAAUAAAAAAUUGUAGAAAAAAUGUACAUUUAUUGGAAUAAAAAAAAAAAUAUAAAUACAUAUGGCAAAACAUUGAGACAGCAGUCCUUGUGUAUGCUGUAUUGGUCCAAUCAUAUGGACAUGAAAAGAUAAAAAGCGUGAAUAACUCCAAAUAUAAAGAAUGCAAAACCUGACCACAAGACCACCACCAGCAGCUGCUAGACUGCCAACCAAAAAGAAAGUUAGUAAAGCCCUGGACCUGUUUGGCACCACACCUGGUGCUUUUUAAACGUGGUCCUGCGCUCAAGUUUUGUAUUCUUUGUUUUGAGUUAUUUCCUCCUUUUCAUUUCUGUAUGAUUGGACCAAUACAGGAUAUAUGAGGACUGCUGUCUCAGUGUUUUGCUAUAUGUAUUUAUAUUUUUUUUACUUCAAUAAAUGUGCAUUUUUUUUUCUACAAUUUUUAUGUAUUUUUGGGGAUUACACAUAUGUGUGGGCCAACAAAUUUGUCCUGUGUGAAGUAUCAUUUGAUUACCGGGAGGAUUCCAGCACUGCGAAAGUAAACAUUGUUUUGCAUUUAUUGAACUGCAAUAAGUAUUAUGUGGCUUAGUAUAUCUGUUUUAAUUUUGGAGCUGCGGCAAUUUCAUGAAUGAGGAAUUUCAUAUCACUCACCACUUUUUUUUUUUUUUAACUACUAAGGGUCCUGAAAGGUCUGUGUAACGAGCCCUUAAAGGACCACUAUAGUGCCAGGAAAACAAACUAGUUUUCCUGGCACUAUAGUAUUAAUAGGUCCCCCUCCCGCCAGGCUGAAGGGGGAGGAAGGGGUUAAAUCACCUACCUUUCUCCGGCGCUGGAGACUCUCCUCCUCCUUGGACGUCAUCGGCUGAAUGCAAAUGCGCGGCAAGAACCGCGCAUUCAGUCAGUCCAUAGGAAAGCAUUCUCAAUGCUUUCCUAUGGACGCUGGCAUCUUCUCACUGUGAAAAUCACAGUAAAAAGCACCUCUAGCGGCUCUCAAUGAAACAGCCACUAGAUUUCCAUUUGCAGGGAAAAAAAAUAACAUAGGUUUUGGAUUUUCCAGUGCUGACUAUCCCUCAGAAUUGCUUCCCCCCUCAGAGGAGCAUUGGGGACCUAAUGGGCAUGCGUGUCAAGUGCUGUGCGCAUUCAAGCUUUCCCAUAGGAAAGCAAUGAGUCAAGGCUAUGGGGACUUCCCUGUCAUUUGACAGGUUUGUGGGUGUUUUUUUUUUUUUUUGGGGGGGGGGGGGUGUGGGAAGGAAGUUCGGUCAGUGCUGCAGUGGACUUUACCCUGUAAUGUAAAGAACCACAGUUUAUUUACAAAAACCGCAGUGUCUUCGUUGGAAGGUUAAAAGGACAGGGACACUGCACCCAGACCACUUCAUUAAUAUAAAGUGGAUCGCGUGACUGUAGUGUCUUGUUAAAUGUAUCACUCAGGUGUGUGUUUAUUUUUUUUUCUUGCCUCAUAUGUAACUAAAAACGUAUGAUGUGCAGAACUUCAUAUAAUGCAUAGUGUGUAUAACUUGUGCCCAGGAAUACGUUGGGUCUUGCAGCAAUUGACAUAUUCAAUGUUGACUUUCUUCCAGACCCGUCUGCUAACAGAUGAUUCUAUCCACAUACACUGACCAGCCACAACAAUAAAAACACUGACAGGUGAAGUAAAAAAUAUUGAUUAUAUUAUUACAAUCCCAACUGUCAAGGUGUGGGAUAUAUUAGGCAGUUCUUGAAUUUCAUGGAAGCGGUAAAAAUGGAGAAGAAAAAAGAACUGAGUGACUUUGACAAGGGCCAAAUAGAGAUGGCUAGACGGCUGGGUCUGAGUGUCUCCAGGACGGCAAGUCUUGUGGGGUGUUCCAAGCGUACAGUGAUUAGUAACUUCCAAAAGGGGCGCAAGGACGUACAACCAGUGAUCAGUGUAAAGCUUCAACAAAGGAACGGCAGGAAAACUCUUACAAAUAUUCAAGGGAUUCCUGAUGAACACGAUAAGAAAAAACUUGUUCAAGCAUUCAAAGAGGUAUCGUAUCAUUUUUUAGUUUUUAUUUUUUUUUAUUCUAUAUGGUGAAGUUAAAGGAACACUCAAAGCAAUGUAAUGAUUAUGGUGCCAUUUUAAGUAGUUUUAGUGCAGUGAUUGGAGUGUUAAAAUUUGGAUUCCCAGAACAUACUUUGUUUUUGUGCUUUAACUAUCUAAUUCUUGCUACAGAAAUUUGCUUGUGACGGUUCUGUGGUUGAACAUCCAAUAUUUGGAGAGAUGAUCCAGCUUCCGGGAGAUCAACGCAAGAAUGCUUGUCAGUUCCUUGUGGAGGUACAUAUUGGCUUUCUUGUUGCAAAUUGUACUUAAUACUCCAAUUUUUAGUAAAUUCCGGCUUUCCAAGUACAAAGGAACAAUAUAUGGUUAGGAGAACAAACCUUUAUUCCUGACCCUGUAGUAUUAAAGCCUGGAGACUCUGACCAUUGUGCAGCACUGCCCCAGGAAGCACCUCUAGUGGCCGUCUGAAGAGUGGCCAAUGGAGGUGUCCCUAGGGAACAAUGUAAACCCUGCCUUUUCUCUGAAAAGACAGUGUUUACAUUAAAAAGCCUGCAGGGACUGACUAUACUCACCAGAACAACUACAAUUCGCUGUAGUAGUUCUGGUGACUAGUGUCACUUUAAGGUCAAAACUGAACAGCAUAGCAAUUGGACACACAGGUCUCAUUAAUUGUAGCAAUAUAUACAGAAACUUGCAGGAUUUUUCAGUACAAUUUAAGUUGUGUAACUAAUUUGUUAUAAAAUGUACCUUAACCCUUUUUCUUUUCUUUUGUUUAGAUUGGACUUGCCAAGGAUGACCAAUUGAAUGUUGUUGAGUCUUAAGCCGCAAAACCUAUUGUCUGCAUCUAAAUUUAAAGCACUUCCUCUUGCAUAGAAACAAAUCCUUCUUGUCUCAAGUUUAAAACUUGGCUUGUGAAAUGCCCAUUUAAGGACUGUAAAAAACGUUGUUGAAACAUGAACUUGUCCUGGAGACCAUAUACAAAGUUUUUUUUUGUUUUUUUGUUUUUGUCUUGUCAGUCUGUACCUUCAGUUACAGGUCCCAUUGUGCUAUGGCCUAGGUGGGUAAGGAUUUAUAAAUAUACAAAAUAUUGCUUUUACGUGCAUCUUAGUGGUGAGGUAAUGUGACCUCUAAGCAUGCCUAAAGAUGGGAUGAAUCUCUGCUGUAAAGUGCGUCUGACUGAAAGAUAAGCCUGUCAACAUGCUCACUUGGUGUUGCUUGGAAAUAGUCUUUUACGUAGGAGUUAAACAGGCGUUUAAACAAACAAGGUAAAUAUUUUAUUUUUCUGUAUGUAUUGCUUUUGAUAACUUUGAAAAUGGGUGUUGGUAAGAUUGAAGAUUUAACUAUGGGCACAUCUUGCUACAUGUGUGCAUAUGUGGAUGAAUCCAUCCAGGGUCCAUACCGCCUGUGGCAGGUGUAAGAGAAUGGCUUCUCUGGAAGCUCAUAUUGGCAAUCAGGAGAAAUUGCGACAUGAGUCAGAUUGAUAAUCUUGAAAUGGGGCUGCUGCUAACUAAGGGAGGGAAAGGUUUAGCUAGCCCUGACUUUGUGCAAACUAACAGAUUUUCCUGUUUCAUAGAAGAUGUGAGCAGCUGUACUGGAGGAAGCUGUAAAUUUUAAUUAUGAGGAAACAGUCCGUCUAGUAUGGGUGGUGUUGAGAAUGUAACAAAGGCUACACAGAUUGUGGUGGUAGGGGACUAUCAUUAAGAGAGAAGAUGGGGGUAAUCUGCCGCUCUGAUCAUCUCAUUCGAACAGUCUGCUGUUUAGAUGCUCCAUUUUGGAGCAAGGGAAGCCAUUUGUUUUGGACUGAUGUAAAAGCAAAACUGACCUACUCUUGUAGACUGGCUUGAAACAUGCUUUUGAGUUUUCCGUUUUGAAGCUGUAAAUGUAUUCAGUAUCUUGGUUAAAUAAACUUUUUUCAAUUAA